AUGGUGAAAAAAAGAGCACCAUGCUGUGACGAUAGCCAAGUGAAGAGAGGUCCAUGGAGUGAUGAAGAAAGUGAAAUACUCAGAGCUUUUGUCCUCAAAAAUGGUCAUCACAAUUGGAGAUCUCUUCCCAAACUCGCUGGAUUGAUGAGAUGUGGAAAGAGUUGUCGUCUAAGAUGGAUAAACUAUCUGAGACCAGGUCUCAAACGAGGCAACUUUACCAAAGAGGAAGAAGAUACCAUUAUUCAACUUCACCAAGCUCAUGGAAACAAGUGGUCUAAAAUCGCAUCCCACUUGCCGGGAAGAACAGACAACGAGAUCAAGAAUGUGUGGAACACUCAUCUCAAGAAACAGUUGUUGAAGAACAAUUCAUCAUCAUCAUCAGAUGUUACCAAUCAUCAUGCCUCUUCAAUCUCCUCUUCUUCUUCCUCCUCAUUAAGCUCAUUAGUCUCUAAUGAGGUUAUUAACACCGAGAAGGAUAAUCAGGAAGAGCAGUUUGAAGAAAUCUUUGGGGAGGAUAUGGCAUGUGGGUUUGAGGUGAAUGCACCACAAUCACUGGAGUUUCUUUUUGAAGACCACCAGAUUCCUCCUCGUCCUAUAUCUAAACCGGACUCGCUAGCAAUCUAUAGGGAACCGGAUCAUGAGUUGUGUAGCCGAAUGGUUGAAACAGAUUUAGAUGAUUUCAAUGAGUGGCUCAAUUAUUUUGGAUAA